GAAGAAGAAGAACAGCAGCAGCAGCAGCAGAUGAUGCUGAUUAAAGAGGAAGGUCCUGAAGAACAGACGCCUGAUGUGGACCAGCAGGAGAUGGAGCUCGUCAUCGUAAAGGAGGAAGAGCAGGAACUGUGGACCAGUGUGGAGGGGCGGCAGCUCGAUGCAGAGGAGGAGACUGCUGUCGCCAGGUUUCCGCUCACUGCAGUUUCUUUGAAGAGUGAGGAGGAUGAAGAGAAACCUCCUCAGCAACACAUAGAAAAAAGAGAUCUUCCAACCAGCAGCUCUGCUGAUCACAUGGAAACAGAAACUGGUGGAGGACAAGAAACUACCAGGAACCCAGGUCUGAAGACUCAUGGAGAUGAUUCCAGCUCUUCAGAGACUGAAGUCAGUGACCAUGAUGAAGACGAGGAUGAGAACCAUUUUGACUGUCAGCUGAAAGGCUCGUCAGACUUUGAGACAAAAACUGAGGACUGGAAGGAGAGCGAGUCUCCUGGGUCAGGCGUGAACUCUGUCAACAAAUCCUUCAGCUGCUCUGAGUGUGGUCAACAGUUUCUCCACACCUGGCCUCUUCAGAGACACAUGGCAGUCUCCUAA